UUCAAGUUGCAUUUUAGAUGCGACAGGCGCAACAUCACUUGUGGUUUUACCGGUAUGAUUGUUAUCGUAUAUUGCGGGUAAAAAUCUACGAUCUUCGGUACUGUACGAUAGUUAAAUAAGUGCCAGUUGUGAAUUUUCAACGAUAUUACCGGCGUCUAGAAUUUUUCGACAAUGAGAUUUCCGGCGACCCACGUUGCGUUCUUUCUGAUCCUGGUACUGGUUCCGUCCAUCUUGACGACGUCGUCGCGAUCCCGAAGUAAAAAGAAGACGAAAGAUGUCAAGCAAAAACCAGUGAACAUCUGCGACAUCGAGGAGCAAGGUUCUCCCAUGUUUUGCUACUGCGGUUCAACCCAGUUGGGUCUCGCGACGGACGUCAACUGCUGGAUCUUCGGCGCUCUUGAACCCGACUUGCCGAUAUGGGGUUACUUCAACUCUCAGCCGGACGUGCGGAAGCUGAAAUUUACCGUCAGGCCCGACGGAGUCUUCAAUCACAUUCCAACGACGGUGUUGAAGCAAUUGAAACACCUUGAGGUGGUCAUGAUUCAAUACGCAAUGCUGAACGUGCUCGCCGAGCGAGCCUUCUCGGACAUACCGGGACUUGUGGAGAUAAAUUUGAGCCAGAACAGGAUUGUGAACGUGUCGCGGCACGCCUUCGAGAAGAUGAAUAACCUGACCCACAUCAACCUGGACGAGAAUCGGAUCACGGAGAUAAACAGAGACGUGUUCGGUAGCCUGCCAAGCCUGAAAAUGCUCUUUAUCAAUAAAAACAACCUGACAGUGGUUCACGACCAGGCGUUCAGGCACCUGACAUCCCUCGAGGAACUCGAACUGAGUGGAAAUCAAAUUUCCGUUGUGACCAGGGACACGUUUUACGGCUUGAAAAACCUCGUGCGUCUAGAUCUGAGAGUCAAUCGUUUGGCAAUGAUCGGCGAUAAAACUUUCGCCGAAAUGCCCAAGCUCGUGGAGAUGGAUCUCGACCAAAAUCAAAUUGAGUAUAUAUCCGAAAAGGCUCUCGACGGAAUGACGAAUCUCCGCAAGCUCAGGCUCAGCGAGAAUAAACUCGUUACGCUUGAACCAGACUUUCUCGUCGGCGCUCCGAACAUUUAUCUCCUGGACCUCAGGGACAACGAACUCAAGACGAUGACCUUCGACAACAUAAAACCGAUUGUGACCAACCUCUACAACGACACCAGCUACUUUUACCUUGAAGGCAACAAGCUGAACUGCGACUGUAGACUCGCAUGGAUAUGGGGAUUGAGGAACGAGACGAACAACACGCGGCUGAAAGAAUCGUUGGAUGAACUGACCUGUUUUCUCGAGCUGAACAACUCCACCGUACAGGUUACCGACGAUGCUCAAACCGAAAGCCAGGCACUUACUUCGGAGACUGCCCAAUACCAAGAAGAUUACGCGUCCGACGAUGGCACCAUGGUCGACGACGAUGAGUACUUGUACAGAAAUGAUGAUCCUGAGGAUUCGUACACUUACGACGACGAAGAGGCGAUCGCGGACCCGUCAGCUAACACCAAUUAUCAACAAACGUUGCAAGUUGUGGAGGGUAAGACCGGCUACGUCAGGCAUCUGUUCCAAUUGAAUCUCGAAGACCUGCCCUGCCCUGACCGCCAGGAUCUUAUGGCGUCCGAGCAGCCGUUCAGCCAUCGGGAACAGACGCUCUUCGGAUCAUCAUCGGGAUCAAUGAUUUCCUUGUCAUCGGCGGAGAACACGGUGUCUUUCGGUCGCUGGACCCUCGUGAUUGUCGCCUUGGCGAAUCUCGCAAUAUUAUUCACGUAGAAUGUCUCGUGAAAUGCGACGUGUAACUCCUAACGACAAUUCUCUCUAAAUUCAUGGUGUUUCAUAGGCUUGUAUGCAGCCCUUAAAGGUUCCACUCGUAAUCAUUGGUUUCGCUUUUUUUUUUCGACG